CACCGAUCAGUCACACUCCGCUGGUGCUCCGACCCUGAGAAACACCAUCCAGUCAUUACAUCGCCCGUGAUUCUCCUAUGCGCAUCGGACGAGGAGACGCCACUUGCGCUUUGGUUUUGGAUUGGUGUUAAAUCUUUUACUGUGCAUCACUGGACAGGAUGGAGCAUUGGAGACAAUGUGCGUUAUGGCUGAUCAAUUGUAAGGUGCUGCCACCGAACCAUCGGGUGACAUGGGAGUCCGCUCAGGUGUUCGACCUGGCGCAGACCCUGCGGGAUGGGGUCCUCCUGUGCCAGCUCCUCAACAACCUGAGACCCCAGUCCAUCAACCUGAGGGAGAUCAACCUGAGACCUCAGAUGUCACAAUUUCUCUGCUUGAAGAACAUCAGGACAUUUUUGCAUGCCUGCUCAGAGAUAUUCGGCAUGAAGAAGAGCGAGCUGUUUGAGGCUUUCGAUUUGUUUGACGUUCGAGAUUUCGGAAAGGUUAUGGACACACUAUCCAAACUCUCUCAUACACACAUUGCACAGCAGACUGGAAUAAGGGCGUUUCCCACAGAAGAGAGUGUUGAGGAUGAGGACAUUUAUAACCAUCUAGAGGAUCUGAUAGAUGAGAAUGGCGUUGAAGAUGAAGAAGAUCUCUAUGACUGUGUGUACGAUGAUGAUGAGGGAGGAGAGGUGUAUGAAGACCUGAUGAAGGUUGAGCUGGUACAACCGCAGAAACAGGCCGAGACGGACAUCCGAAGCUGUUGUCUGAUGGAAAUCAAACAGACUGAGGAGAAAUACACAGAGACGCUGGACUCCAUAGAGAAAUUCUUUAUGAAGCCUCUGGGACAGUCACUGUCCAGUGUGGAGAUCGAAAAAGUGUUCAUCAAUAUACCAGACCUUGUGAAAGUGCACACGAGUCUUCUGAGGGAAGUCCAGGAUUCAGUGCUCAUGCAUAAUGCCAGUAACCUGUAUCAGAUCUUUAUAAAAUACAAAGAAAGAUUAGUCCUGUAUGGGAAGUACUGCAGUCAAGUAGAAUCAGCCAUUGCGUGUUUGGAUGACAUCUGUAAGAACAGAGAGGACGUCAGGCAGAUGUUAGAGUUAUUUUCCAAGCGAGCCAAUAACGGGAAGUUUACUCUGAGAGAUCUGCUGGUGGUUCCGAUGCAGAGAGUUCUGAAGUAUCAUCUGCUUCUACAGGAUCUGGCUCAGUAUGUCAAUGAGGUGAAGAGAGACAUCGAGACUCUACGAGACAUCGACCAGUACCAGAAAUCUAUAGAAAACCUUAAUCAGUCUCUCCGUAACUAUGGGAGACCAAAAGGUGACAGCGAAGUGCGAGUAGCUUCAGUCGACAAACGAGCCAAACAAGACAGGCACAUCUUCCUGUUUGAUGCCGCCGUGAUCGUAUGCAAACGACGAGGAGAUAACUACGAGAUGAAGGAGGUGAUUGACCUCCACUCCUUCAAGAUCACCAACAACCCUACCUCAGAAAGAGAAAACCGAAAGUGGUGUCACGGAUUCUACCUCACACACAAUCAGGGUCAAAACGGCUUUGAGUUCUUCUUUAAAACCAAGGAACUAAAGAAGAAAUGGCUGGAGCAGUUUGGCAUGGCAUUAUCGAACAUCUGUCCAGAGAGCGGGAAAAGUAAUUUCCAUGAGUUCCACAUGCACACUUUUGAGACGACCACAUCCUGCAGCUCGUGUGAAAUGCUGCUGAGAGGAGUCUUCUAUCAAGGGUACCGCUGCUCCAAAUGUGGUGCUGGCGCCCAUAAGGAGUGUCUUGGUAGGGUGGACGUCUGUGUCAAAAGCAGUGCCGAUUCCAGCUCUUUCGGAUCUCAGAUUGGAAAAACACCCUGUCAUGGAGGAGACGCAGGUCUACCUAAGAUGCAGGUCAUCCGUAAUUAUUACGGGGUUCCGAGCCCCCUGUGCAGCCCACCGCUUAACAUCCAGGUUGGUGAUGUCAUUGAGGUGAUAGAGGCAAACGUCCGUAGCUGUUGGUGGAAGGGUAAAAUCCUGGCAACUAAGGAGGUUGGCUUCUUUCCAAGCGACGCAGUGAAGCCUUGCCCAUGUGUGAGUACGUACAACAAUGACGUGAAACACAUCAAGAUCUUAACAAAGGAGGGAUUCUUCUACAUUGCAGAAAACAGGAAGUUCAGAAGCAUUUUAGAGCUGAUCGAGUAUUACAAACAUCACUCUCUGCGGGAAGGAUUCAGGACACUUGAUACCACGCUGCAGUUCGCCUACCGAGAGCCGGAGAAUGGAGCCAACACCCCGCUGCUCUGCGGGCUGUCUUUUCUAACUCCCGCCGGCUACAGCUUUGUCCCCCCCUCUACCGCCCCAUUCUGGUCAGUGUUUACUCCUAAGGUGAUGGGUGUGGCGAUCGCCUGCUACGACUUCAGCUCUCGGGACACGCGGGAACUGUCUCUGCAGGAGGGUGAUGUGGUGAAGAUCUACAGCAAAACUGGAGCCAAUGGCUGGUGGAGGGGUGAAGUCAAUGGACGGGUGGGCUGGUUCCCCUCCACGUACGUAGAAGAAGGCGAGGAGUGAACGGCUCAGCGAUUGCUCACAAGAGAAAGGAAACGGAGUGAAAAAAGCACACGGACUGAGUCAGAAAUAGGGCAAGCGAUUGGCCGGAGCUCCUGCUCUCUCUGUGUCUUGUUUGUCUAUGCUGGAGGACGUGCAUGGUGUUUGAUAGGUGAAGGACUGUCUCUCAGGGAGCAGAUUAUCAAACACAACCCCAGACCGCAUCUUCAAAGACCCUUCCGGGCGCCUGGAUGGAGCGUCACGGGUGAGAUGGAACGCACUGAAUCAGACUGAGGUUACGCCGUGAGCUAUUUCUGUGUGUGCAUGUGGCAGUUUGUCUGCUCAUGGGGAAACAUGCUUGUCCUGACCUUGCCUGAGUCCUCCUUACCUGCACUAUUAUUGAUGAUGCCCCCCUCCCCGUGUCUGCACUGCCCCGGAGGUGUUCUCACACAUGGCCCACAAUCCCACCCAGCUAUUCAUCUCCGAUUAAGAUCAUAGCUCCCUGCCAUGUAGGCUACGGUAAUUGAUUGCUGUCUCUUCCCUGUUUCUAUCCUACAAAAAUCUCUCUUAUUUUCAGAUUUACACUUAAAAGGAAGGACCGGUUGUUUUGUGCGUCGCGCACUUAUCUCCAGAGAUAUAUUGUGGGCUUGUCAUGCCCUGUUUAUCUGAUUCACAUGGUACCACAUCGUCAGGGAGAUGCGCAGCAAGAUGUUGACAGGAAACAAAAGGGAUCGUGGUGAAAGGCCUGUAAACAGCUUUUUCAGCAGGGGACCACAGCCCUGAAAGCAUUGUGUCACCCCAUCCAGAAAGGAUCCUGCUAGAUAGCGCAGACAGUGCCUUCUCAAUCAACUAAUGAGGGGGAUUUAAAAACAACUAAAAAACAAUGAGUGAGAUAAUUCUGUUUGAGUGGAUCAGAAACCAAAUGUCUCUGAUGAUGUGCAAACUAGUGGUCGACCGAUAUGGGUCUGUGUCCGAUUUCUAAAUUGCAGGGUGACCAAUAUUGUGCUAAUAUAAUAUUAUAAUAUUACGUAUAAAAAUGUUAUGAUAUUGAUCAUUAAAAUUAAAUGCUUUUUUCUAUUCAAAAUCCACUUAAAUUAAGGGUAAUUGACAUAAGAGGAAUAUAUAAAUACAGAGUUCUGGCAUGAAACUCUAGAU